AUGCAUAUGAUGAAGUGCAGCAGCUGGAGUCUGUGUCAUACUGUGGUAAAGAUGGAGUUUAUUAAAGAGGAGAUUGAAGACAUGAGUGAUCCAGAACCAUCCAGAAUAAAACAAGAAGAUACUGAGGAACAAACAGGCUGGACAGAAGUAAAACAGCAAAGGCGAGAGGUGAAUGAAGUGAAGGAGGAACACUGUAAAAUCAAAACUUCACGAAAAAAAGCCAAACAGCUGCACACCUGCACAAGGUGUGAAAAGAGUUUCAAACACAAAGAAUACCUUAAGAAACACAUGAGAGUCCACACUGGAGAGAAACCAUUCACAUGCCCUCAGUACGACAAGCUUCAUGUGUGUACGUUCUGUGGAAAGAGUUUUUCAUGGCUGAGCAGUUACAAACAUCAUCAGAAAACACAUAAUGAAGUGAGAGAUCACGUGUGUUGUGAGUGUGGGAAGAGCUUUAUCACAGCUGGGGGUUUGAAACGGCAUCAAAGAGUUCACACUGGAGAAAAACCUCACAAGUGCUUGUAUUGUGACAAGAGUUUUGCUCAGUCUGGAAACCUGAAAGUACAUGAAUUAAUACAUUCUGGAGAGAAGCCAUACUACUGUAUUCAGUGUGGAAAGGGUUUUACUGCAGCGUUAAGUCUCAGUUAUCAUCUGCUCAUUCACUCUGGAGAAAAGCCUUUUAACUGUGAUCAGUGUGGUAAAACUUUUAUUACAUCAUCAAGUCUUAAAAAACACCUGACAGUGCAUUCAGAUGAGAAGCCUCAUGUGUGUUCUUACUGUGGAAAGAGUUUUUCACAACUGAAGCACUGUAAACAGCAUCAGAAGACACACAGUGGAGUGAAAGAUCAUGUGUGUUGUGAGUGUGGGAAGAGCUUUACUAGAGCUGAUAAUCUGAAACAGCACCAAAGGAUUCACACUGGAGAAAAACCUUACAAGUGCUCAUACUGUGACAAGAGUUUCACUGUGUCUGGAAAUUUGAAAGUACACGAGCGAGUUCAUACUUGCGUUCGGAUUAUAUGUUUAUUCAAUCAAUGCAUAGUAAUGUUAACGCUGUUACCUGUUAUUCCAAACACUGCUUUUGAGUUUAUUAAAGAGGAGAUUGACGACAUGAGGGAUCCAGAACCAUCCAGAACAAAACGUGAGGAUAUUGACGAACAAACAGACUUGGCUGAAGUAAAAUGGUUAAGAGUGAAGCUGAAAGAAGAGGAGGAGGAACACUGUCAAAUAAAAAAAUCUAGAAAAAAAGCCAAUCUGCUGCAAUCCUGCACACAGUGUGGAAAGAGUUUCAGAAAAAAACAAUACCUUAAGAAGCACAUGAGAAUCCACUCUGGAGAGAAACCUUUUAACUGUGAUCAGUGUGAUAAAAAUUUCAUUUCAUCGUCAAAUUUAAAACAACACCAGAGAGUUCAUUCAGGCGAGAAGCCUUACAUGUGUACUUUCUGUGGAAAGAGUUUUUCACGGCUGGGAAGUUGUAAACUGCACCAGAAAGCACAUAAUGUAGUGAGAGAUCAUGUGUGCUUUGAGUGUGGGAAGAGCUUUACUACAACUGGAGAUUUGACAAAACACCAAAUAAUUCACACUGGGGAAAAACCUCACAAGUGCUCGUAUUGUUCCAAGAGUUUCACUCAGUUUGGAAACCUGAAAAGGCACGAGCGAGUUCACACUGGAGAGAAGCCAAACCAAUGUACUCUGUGCGGAGAGAGUUUCACAGAUGCAUCAGUUCUGAAAAAUCAUCUUCUCGUUCACUCUGGUGAAAAGCCAUUUAGCUGUGAUCGGUGUGGUAAAGGCUUUAUAAGAUCAUCACAUCUAAAAAGUCACCUGACCGUUCAUUCACAGGAGAAACUUUAUGUGUGUUCUUUCUGUGGAAAGAGUUUUACUACAGCCAGCAAUCUGAACCGUCACCAAAAAAUUCAUACUGGAGAAAGACCUUACAAGUGCUCAUACUGUGACAAGAGUUUCACUCGGUCUGGAGUCCUGAAAAGACACGAGCGAGUUCAUAAGAGGAGAGAGCUUCACUCAGUCAUCAGCUCUGAUGGCAGCAAUGCACUUAAAGAUGCAAAGGAACAAAUGGAGCAUGCGCAGAAUAGUUGCUGGAUAUUUUUAAUAAAGCUUUUUAAUAAAGUUGCCAUUGUCUGUGGGUCUCAGUAUCAGACAAAGAUGGAGUUUAUUAAAGAGGAGAUUGAAGACAUGAGUUAUCCAGAACCAUCUAGAAUAAAAGAAGAUGCUGAGGAACAAACAAACUCGACUGAAGUAAAACAGCAAAGAAUGAAGCUGAAAGAAGAGGAGGUGUGUUGUAAAAUCAAAAUGUUGUCUAAAAAAAGCCAAGCAGCUGCACACAUGCCCUCAGUGUGGAAAGAGUUUUAAUGCAGCGAUAGAUCUUGCUUAUCAUCUACACAUUCACACUGGAGAAAAACCUCACAAGUGUUCAUACUGUGACAAGACUUGCGCUGUGGCUGGAAAUUUGAAAGUACACGAGUGAGUUCACACUCGAGAGAAAAAUAAUCGAUGUACUCAGUGUGGAAAGAGUUUCAUUCAAAUCUAGUGACUCGUAUUAAAAAUCAUUGUCCUGUGUCAAAGUGAGCAAAUGUUAUGUUCUGUUUUUAUCCUUUAAUGCCUCACCAGUGAGUCUCUGAUCAUUUUGUUGCAUAAAUCAAAGAGAUUUUCUGAGAUAUUAUUGAUCUGUUUCUCUGAAGUAUUAAAGUUGUAGUCUCUGUAUAUUGAUACAAAGGCACUUUAUCAGGCACUAACAGACUGUAAACAGUUCUUACCAUAAGAAUAUGAUCAGGACACUAUGUGACUUUAAGCUAAAAAAAGUUUUUUCAGAGUUUGCAUGUUUUGAUUAAUUAUUAAUUAGAGUGUAAUGUGUCGGAAGAGAGUUUUUCUGAAUGAGUGAGUGUGAGCACUUCUGAUUUAAUGGCUUUAAUGUUUCUUUUAUAAUGUUUGUUUUGUUUUUUUUGUUUGUUCAUUCCUACCAGCCUUCAUUGAGUGUUUAUGUCGUGUGUAUAUAAAAAUGGAUGUCUUUGCAUUUGA